UAAACCAAGUGGAUUAACCUUUGUUGGACAAAUUCGAGAAAAAUGAAAUUCCUUCAUCUAUUGAUGGCCCUCUGCCUGCUGGUGGCUCUGCUCUUCAUGGCACCUGCCCAAGCUGAUGAUGACAGCGACAUUGUGGCCAAGAUUCCGAAGAAAAUUUGCCCAUGUCCUCGCAACUUUGAUCCUGUCUGUGCCAGCAAUUUGAUCACAUAUUCCAAUCGCUGUGAAUACGAUUGCGUGCGACGUGAGGUUGAACGUGCCGGACGUAGUCUGAAUUUACUGCGCAGUGGUUCUUGCUAGUUCUAGAAUAAAAAAGAAGUCAAAUAUCAAUAUUAUCAACAAAUAAAAAUACAAACUACACGUAAUAGCUAAAUGCAAAUAAACGGAUAUAAUAUAUUUUAAUAAUAAA